AUGAGCCAGCGAUCCCACCGAAUCGCCAAAAUUUCUUUCUCAUUCCGACAGAGUUUUACUUCCACUACCAACUUCUUGAAGAGAAGGUUUUCUUCCUCGGACCUAAGCGGAGAUCUCGAUCCUGACUUCGCUCCUGGCGCGGCUGCUGGCAUACAGCAGCCCGUCUAUGGAGCAAACGCGGAACAGUAUGGGGUCGGCCCGACACAGGCCGCCCCAUCUGUCCCCAACACCCCGCUGGUCACUGGAGGCCAACCAUCUCAGCAAGAUCUAGUCAGCUUGCGAGGCUCAUCAGCUACCUCUGCCCCCGCUUCGCCUGCCCGAUCGGUCACUUCGUUUCUGUCUAGGGGCGUUUCACUCACGAGCUCUCUCAAAGGAACAGUGUACAACAAAGAUCGCCACCUGACACUGCUCGUCAUCGAUGAUCAGACGGUCGACUGGGCGCGCUAUUUCCGUGGACGUAAGGUUCACGGAGACUGGGAUAUACGCGUCGAGCAAGCUGAAUUCAAAGAGCUUCAAGUUUGUUCGUCAACGGAGCACGGAACCACUGUAUCAAUGGCUUCGCUGAGACAGGGCAACAAAGUUUCGAAAACUUUCCGCCCCGAUUUCCUGUUGGUCCGUCAGCAUGUACGGGACGCUCAUCAUGACUACAGACCCAUAUUGCUGGGUCUCAGAUACGGAGGUGUUCCCGCGAUCAAUUCGAUUCAUUCGCUCUACAACUUCCAGGAUAAACCAUGGGUGUUCGCACAGCUACUUAGCCUCCAGCGUCGCCUGGGCAAAGCUAACUUCCCCCUUAUGGAGCAGACGUUCUUCCCCAAUCAUCUCGACAUGUGCCUGAGUCUGCCCAAUUUCCCGUGCGUCGUCAAAAUCGCUCAUGCACACGGUGGGAUCGGGAAGAUCAAGGUAGAGAAUCAAUCCGAUUAUCAAGACGUCCAGAGCGUCGUCGCGGUUUCCCAUUCUUACUGCACCGUGGAGCCCUUCAUCGACACGAAAUACGACUUACAUAUUCAAAAGAUCGGCACCAACUACAAAGCCUUCAUGCGAAAGAGUAUCAGCGGUAAUUGGAAAGCCAACAUGGGCUCCGCCAUGUUAGAACAAGUGGUUCUCCACGACCGCUACAAGUCUUGGGUCGACGCUGUCGCUGAGCUUUACGGUGGGCUCGAUAUCUGCGCUGUCGAAGCGAUCCAAGGAAAAGACGGGAGAGAACACAUCACCGAGGCCAAUGACUCGUCUAUGCAGCUGCUUGGCGAGAGCCAAGAUGAAGAUCGUCGUCUCAUUUCCGAGCUUGUGGUGCAGAGAAUGCAUCAGUUCUGCCGUGUUCCAGGGACCACAUCUUAUCAAGGCGUUCCCGGAGUGCCUCCGCAAGUUCCCCCCGCAGCUCCGGCAACCGCUCCAAGCGCUACUGCGGUGGCUGCACCAGCACCCACUCCGACACCCACCUCGACACCUGGAGGAACACCUCUACCCCCUCGACCCGCCCCACCGGCACUACGCCGAGGCUCGUCCACUACUUCGGGGCCUCCACCCCCGACGCCUCCGCCACCUUCAGCGGCCGCUUUGCAAUCGGCUGGCUCCUCAAUCCCUCCUCCCAGGCCAGCGGCAGCGCCACAGGCCGUGUCAGUGCCCGCGACUCCGAGCGCUACGUCUGCGCAACCCGGAGAUACGAACCCGUUCAAUGCCGCAGCCGGUGCCGCAGAACAAGCAUCGGCUGCUGCGACGGCAGCGGCUUCCGCCUUGACUCGUGGGGCUGCAUCGCUCUUCCGGAGGGAGAGCCAGAGCGACAAAAGCGGCGCCCCCGAUGAUCCCGAAGAUACCAUGGGUAAUCUUAGGAAGACCUUCGCUGGCGUGUUCGGCGACAUGUAA